GUCUGGAAUUCCAACAGCCAGUUCUCGUAUUGAUGCAAUCGAAUCUUCACCAUCCAGCUCUCAUCUCGUCAGCCAGUCUUCUCACGGGCGCCGCCACAAUCCCAACCAUGGCUCACAACUCCUGUCGCAACCCUGGCUGAUUCAGGAUCGGGUCCAGGGUUCGUCCCCGUCCGCCGCAUCGGCCACGCCCUUAUCGAUCCUUCGCCACUGCAGCCUUACACCUCAGGACAACGAGGCCGGCUUCUUCUCCUCGUGCCACCGCCAACCCAGCCAGCCAUGAUCAGUCAUCUGUCAUCCUCCUAGUUUCGCGGUGCUCAUUCCCUCGUCUACCAUGAGCAACAAAACCUCGGCGCUUGCUGGGCAGCGACAGGUUCGUACGCGACCAUCAGCCUGGACGACUGCGGUCCUCGCCGCCAGCUUCUUGCUCAUCUUCGGCCUCUACAACCUGCCCGAGCUCUUUCUCGAUGCGUCGGACGAAAUCCCGACCACAUGGCCACUCCAUCUCGUCGACCCCGAACCGCUGCGCUACCCUGGCGAGUCCCUCUCGUGGACACCUUGCGGUGAUGCCAAGGGCCAUCCUCUCGAAUGUAGUACGAUCCACGUGCCCAAAGACCAGUACGCCACUGCCACGACUGCGCCCGACACUGCCGACGAUCGCGACACGUUUUCAAUCCCCUUGAUCCGUCUCCGCGGCCGCAAUGCCACCAAGAACAUCCUCUUCAACCCGGGCGGGCCCGGCGGAUCGGGCGUGCAGUCUCUGUACACCCGCGGCGACAAUCUACAUGGCCUGAUUGGGGACGGGUUCCAUAUUAUCGGAUUCGAUCCUCGUGGCAUCAAUGGGUCUAGACCGUCGGCCAGCUGCUCUCCCGUCUCGCACAAAGGCGAUGCAACUCAAGAGUCGAACCCACUCAUUCACAAGGGUAUGCGCCAUAGCGACUUCCCAGAAGUGCAGGCCUGGGCCGCCAACUUUGCGCAGGCUUGUGUUGACACGAUGGGUGACUAUGCUGGAUACGUCAACACCCCACAGGUUGCGGCUGAUAUGAACAGCAUCCUCGAUGCUGUUGGGCAGUACGAAAUGUACUACUAUGGCGUCAGCUACGGCACCGUCCUUGGCCAGACAUACGCCGCGCUGUUUCCGGAGCGCAGCCAGCGCAUCGUCAUCGACGGCGUCGUCAAUACACUGCAGUGGUAUGACAGCGUCCUCUUCGGCGACUCGCUGACAGAUACCGACGAGCUCUUGGGGGCGUUCUUUGACGAGUGCCACAAGGCUGGGCCCCGAAACUGCUCGCUGGCAUCCACCGGGGACAGUCCCCAGCAGAUCCGGGACUCCGUGUUUGAGCUGGUAGGUCAGCUCAAAGAACAUCCCUUGAGCACAUACAUCAACAACACGCACUAUGGCAUCAUCACGGCAGAGAUAGUCUUGCUCAAAGCGACUUUUAAUGCCCUCUACAAACCGAGUCGCUGGCCAGACCUCGCUGAUCGCCUCUCGGAGCUUAUGGGCGGGAACGGGUCGCAGUUCCUUCUCGAUCAUGUGCUGGUUCCUGACUGGCCGGAGGCGCCCACAGACAUCGUCAUGGCGAACGACGGACUGUCUGGGCCCAAGCAUUGGCGACAGGGAAUCAAAGGGCUCGAGGAGGAGCUCGCCCCGCUCUGGAACAGCAGCGUCUUCGCGGAUGCCCACAACAGUCUCUAUAUUCCCAAGCAGCAGUGGGUUGUGCCUCGGACGCACAACUUCUCGCUGAGCCACAUCCAGAACGGCGCCGCGAUCAACGGCCAGGGCAUAGAGACUGCCCAUCCACUGCUUAUCCUCAGCACGAGCCUCGACCCUGUGACGCCCUUGAGGUCGGCGGAGGUGGCCAAGACUGCAUUUCGAGGGAGCGAGAUUGUCGAAGUGCGCGGCUAUGGACACUGCAGCCUUGCCGAGCCGUCGCGGUGCGUUAUCCGGGCGUUUCGCAAGUAUUUGUACGAUGGCAUUUUGCCGAAAGGGCAUACCUUGUGUGAGGCGGAACGGCCUUACUUUCCGAAGGAUGACGACCGGGACGAGAUACCAGGGAACGGUUCGCUUGGUAAGGUUGGGGCUGCUAGUGAGAACUUGGACGAGAUCAACCGGGCUUAUCUCGCUCAAAUCGCGCUGAGACGCGAUUGGGAGUGGAACAGAGGGAUUUAGAGGAUCAGCCAGGUUUAUUUCCAGAUCUCAAUAACGAUGUGCUAUGUCUCAGCAUAACACUCAAACCGUAGCCCCGUAAUUUGAGCCAGCCAGCCGAAGGUCCUCCAGGAAUCAUGGCUGUACUGGCUGCUGUCAUCCUAGAGGAUGAAUAUUCGGAAUCGCGUGAAGACUCGCAGGAAAUCGAUGUUGACAGUUCCCCAAGUCUCAAACUCUCUCUUUCUGGCCACGUUAAAACCCAAGCAGACGCUUGGAUCUCCAUCACUUGCAAGGGUGUUAUGUUUAGUUUGUAGUGCGGCCAAUCGAAACAGCCGUUAGCGUUGCUGCACGUCACUCCCCGCCAGUUGUACCUUGCAGUCUUGUCUGAG